CCCAAAAUAAACACCCGCAAAAUGAUCUCAAUUUGCAAUUCUUACUCUCCACUCCACCACCAUCACGGCCGCCGGCGAAAAUGGCGUCGAAAUUGGGUUUCACCAUAACGUCUUCUCGGUUCUUCACUGCUCCUAUUCGAAGACCAUCUGUUGGGCCAUCGUUAUCUGGCUCUUAUCGGUUCGCUGCCUCGAAGGUUCAGUCAAUUCAGUUGAUCGGAAAAGCGUUUUCUGGUCGAGGGAGAUUGAUUAUUAUUUCUCCGAAGGCGACCACUGAUCAGCCAGGUCCAGUUAAAGAAGAUGAAGUUGUUGAUAGCAACAUAAUGCCUUAUUGCAGCUUAGAUAAACAACAGAAGAAGACACUAGGAGAAAUGGAACAAGAAUUUCUACAAGCAUUACAAUCAUUCUAUUAUGAAGGAAAAGCUAUCAUGUCAAAUGAAGAAUUUGAUAACCUCAAGGAAGAACUUAUGUGGGAAGGAAGCAGUGUUGUAAUGCUAAGCUCUGAUGAACAGAAGUUUUUAGAGGCCUCGAUGGCUUAUGUAUCUGGUAACCCGAUAAUGAGUGAUAAAGAGUAUGACCAAUUGAAGAUGCAAUUAAAGAAAGAUGGAAGUGACAUAGUGGCUGAGGGUCCACGCUGCAGUCUUCGUAGUAGGAAGGUUUACAGCGAUCUGACUGUUGAUUAUCUCAAAAUGUUCCUCAUAAAUGUCCCAGCUGCUGUUGUUGCAUUAGGAUUGUUCUUCUUCCUGGAUGACAUUACUGGGUUCGAAAUCACAUACCUUUUGGAGCUUCCAGAGCCAUUUAGUUUCAUCUUCACCUGGUUCGCGGCUCUGCCCUUCAUAUUAUGGUUAUCCUUUUCACUUACCAGAGUCAUUGUGAAAGACUUUUUGAUAUUGAAGGGCCUUUGUCCAAACUGUGGUACAGAAAAUACUUCAUUCUUCGGAACCAUUUUGUCCGUUUCCAGUGGGGGUACCACCAAUAAUGUCAAAUGCACCAACUGUCAAACCCCACUAGUGUUUGAUCAAGAUACUCGUUUGAUAACAUUGCCAGAAGGAAGUGAAGCUUGAGUUGUGGACUGGAAAAUCUUACCGGUAAGAGACAAAGCAAGGACAUGGAAUCUUAUUGGGUAACAUUCUCGCCCAUCAAAGUGGAUAGUUGGUAAACGCCUUUUACCGGUAAGCGCUUACCCAUUAAGCAUUUGGUAAACGGCGUCUAAGACAAGCUUUGUUGCAUUUUUCCCGUUAAAAGUUUGAAUACUUUUAUCAAACUACAACCCAAGUGCAACACUGCAGGAGGGAUUCAGUGUGAAAUUAUCAACCAUGACCGGAGCUAUAUUUGAAGAAAGAUGCUAAUGUAAAUUGUACGUAGGGUUUUUUCCCGAUAGGGGAGAGGAGACGGGUUUAAGCGCUUGUUUAGAUAGUGUUGCAUAAGUGCGCAUUUGCAUUCGAUCGUAUUCGAUGUAUGUUCAUGUGUAUAACAUGAUACCAUGGAUUAUGUAUGUUCAUAUAUGUAUAUUUAACAUUGGGUGCAUGCUCUCUUCAUACAAGGCAAA